AUCACCAAGAGUUGAAUUAAAAAAUAAUAAACAAUGGCGCGUAAAUUUUUUGUCGGUGGCAACUGGAAAAUGAACGGCAACAAAAAAGAAAUAAAUGAAAUCGUUGAUUUUCUUAAAGCCGGUCCAUUGGAUCCAAAUGUUGAGGUCGUCGUCGGAGUUCCAUCGAUUUAUUUGACGUACACCAAGAGCAUCUUACCCAGCAACGUUGCUAUAAGCGCUCAAAAUACUUACAAAGUACCCAAGGGCGCAUUUACUGGUGAAAUAAGUCCUGCUAUGCUUGUGGACAACGAAAUCCCAUGGGUUAUUUUGGGUCACUCUGAGCGACGAAAUGUAUUCGGUGAAAAUGAUGAAUUGAUUGCUGAAAAAGUUGCGCACGCUCUCGAAGCUGGUGUCAAGGUCAUCGCUUGUAUCGGAGAAAAAUUGGAAGAACGCGAAGCGAACAAAACUGAAGAAGUUGUUUUUCGACAAACUAAAGCCAUUGCUGAUAAAAUUAAAUCAUGGGACAAUGUGGUGCUGGCUUAUGAACCAGUCUGGGCCAUUGGAACCGGGAAAACUGCAUCGCCACAGCAGGCCCAAGAAGUUCAUGACAAACUUCGCGAAUGGUUUAGCAAAAACGUCAGUCCAGCAGUGUCGGCAUCACUGAGAAUUAUUUACGGCGGAUCUGUAACCGCUGGCAAUGCCAAAGAUCUGGCUAAAGAGAAAGACAUUGAUGGUUUCCUUGUUGGAGGCGCGUCACUCAAGCCAGACUUUGUACAAAUCGUCAACGCCAAACAAUAAUUUAUAAAAAUUACUAUUUAUUAAUUAAAAAAUUAACUGUUUAAUUCAAAAAUAAGCAUAAAAUUCAACUGUAUGAACAAUAAAUUUAAACUUCUCCAUAAUGGAGUUAGAGAAUUGUAUUUUUAAAUAAUAAAACAACUAGAGUUUAUUGUUGAUGAUGAUAUAUUUAAUUAACGGUGUAACUAUUCAGGCCAAAUAAAGCUUCAAAUGCACAACA